AUGAAUAAACUGAGGGAACAGUUCUGCAUUCUGUCGAGUAGAAGUGUGGUGCAAUCUGUCGUAAGAAAGUGUGUCAUUUGUCGACGUUUCACUGCAAAAAGACUCGAACCCAAUCCCAUACCUUUGCCUGAGAACAGAGUAGGAGAUGCUGCUGCUUUUGAAGUAACUGGUGUGGACCUAGCAGGGCCUCUUUUCUUGACAGAAGGUGAGAAGAGCUGGGUGGUAUUAUUCACGUGUGCUGUAUACAGUGCAAUACAUCUAGAGCUAGUGAAAUCCCUGUCAACCGAUGCAUUUCUUGAAGCCCUGAGGAGAUUUAUUGCACGAAGAGGAAGUCCUGUUACUAUUUAUUGUGACAAUGGGACGAAUUUUGUGGGGGCAUUCAAUGCCUUACGUGGACUGGACUGGGACGCGAUUGUGAAGCAAGAGGUCUCCAGUCGAAUAGAAUGCAGGUUCAGCCCUCCUCUUGCAGCAUGGUGGAGAGGAUGGUGGGAGAGACUCGUAUGUAUGGUCAAGGAAUUGUUGAGAAGAACACUGGGAAAAGCCUGUCUGGCGUACGAAGAACUCUCCACAACUCUUUGUGACUAUCUGAGGGAAUAUAGUGUACCUGAUUUGGAUAAAGUGGACACCACAGCAUUGAAUAAGCGAGUCAAAUACAGACAACGAUUGCGACAAGAAUUGAGACAACGUUUCCGUGUGGAGUAUUUGGGACAAUUGACUCGAGCAAAGGGUCCAAAGGCACCGGCAGUGCCGGUGGCUGAGGGAGAUUUGGUUUUCGUUGGGAACGACAACAAGAAGAGAGUGGACUGGCCCAUGGGGCGUGUCGUCCAAUUAUUCCCAGGAAAAGAUGGUGAGGUACGAGUUGUGAAGGUCAAAACAGGGGAUAGGUACAUGGUACGUCCAGUUCAGAGACUCUACCCGGUGGAAAUGUCACCAGUUGAGGCUGUCCACUUCAUUGCUGAUCGAACCUCGCUCGCAGCUGCGAGAAACAAGGUCAAGACAUAUGGGGGAUCAACCCCACAUGAUCCUGUCGGUUUGUCUACUGUGGAGAAGGAGCUUGGAGAUUCUGAUCUCCUGACUGAGUAUCAGCCAAAGGAGAACGUCGAGAUCACGACUAGGCGUGGUCGUGUUGUGCACAAACCCAAGAGACUUCUAGAUUGA